AUGAUCAAAACGAAUUUGAUUGAUUCACAGAAGUGUCUUCCCCAAAUUAUAAUAAAAGAUAUUUUGGAUAUUAUUCCAUAUAAUAAUCGCUAUACAAAGUCAUAUUUAUCUCUUGCCAAACUCAUAUCAGAUGAUUAUCAAGUCAAAGAGGUCAGCAAGGUUAAUCUUGUUUCAAACUUUUUGUUUUACAAAGAAUAUGGCAUUAAAUUACACAAGUCUGCUGAUUUCAAAAUAAUUAAAUCAGAAAAUCUCGACAUUCUUAAAGAAAAUACAAUUUACAGAGCACUUAUGAAUAAUGACUUAGAAGUAUUCAUUUCAUUCACUGAAAUAGAAGGAUUUGAUGGAAAUCAAAAACUUGAAAGCAACUUAUUUAGAGAUUUUAGUAGUUUUUUCGUAUUUCCUAGUGAAAAUAAAUUUUCAUUACUUGAAUUAUGUUGUUACUACGGAGCAGUUGAUUGUUUCAAGUUCUUAAGAACAGAAUUUGACUCAGCGAUAACAAAAUUGUGUCUAGUAUUUUCAUUUUUGGGUAGAAAUCAAGAGAUAAUGAGUGAAUGUUUGAAACAUCAAAAACCAGAUCGAGAUUGCAUGAAAUAUGCAAUUAUUUCACAUAACAUUGAUUUUGUAACAUUCUUAGUGAAUGAGUACGCCAUAAGUAUCGACUUAUUUGCUUGCAGAAAAUAUAAUAAUCUUGAUUCAUUUUUAGUUUUUUUCGAUCAAACUAAUCUUUUAAUCAACUGCUUGAUUUAUUCACCGAUGUUUAAUAUUCCAUCCCUAUGCGAAUAUUUCCUUUCAUUAGGUGCAGAUAUCAACAAAAAACUUUUAGAUGAAAGAACCGCUCUUCAGAUUGCAGCACAUUAUAAUAGUAAAGAAGCAGCCGAAUUUCUGAUUUCACAUGGUGUAGAUAUCAAUGAAAAAGAUACAGAUGGCGUAGGGAUGCGUUAA